UUAAAAAUAAAUAAAAAUACGAUAUUUCAUUGGAUAAGGCUUUUUCUUAUGUUCUUGGUGGAACAACCUUGGAAGGUGUAACAAUGGCUUCCUCUGUUACUUCCUCUUUUCGUAUAAGCAAUUUGAAGACUGUUUUCGUGGGUGAGACAAAUAAGCUCAGAGUGUCUAGUGUUCCUGGCGCUCAAGUUGGUUUCGUUAGAAAAACUGUAGAAUGUAAGGAAUCAAGAAUUGGGAAGCAACGAAUUACUGUGCCAUCAAAUGUUACGGUCAAUUUGGAAGGACAGGAUAUACAAGUGAAAGGUCCUUUGGGUGAACUUGCAUUAACUUAUCCUCGAGAAGUGUUGGUUGAGAGGGAAGAGACUGGGACUUUAAGGGUUAGAAAGGCAGUUGAAACCCGAAGAGCCAAUCAAAUGCAUGGGCUUUUUAGGACGCUUACAAACAACCUGGUUGUUGGAGUAUCUCAAGGUUUUGAAAAGAAGCUUCAACUUGUUGGUGUAGGUUAUCGUGCUAUGGUAGAAGGAAACGACGUGGUGCUGAAUCUUGGAUUUUCUCAUCCUGUUAAGAUGGAAAUCCCUAACGGCCUCAAAGUGAAAGUGGAAGAAAACACCAGAAUCACAGUUAGUGGGUUUGAAAAAUCUGAGGUUGGCCAGUUUGCUGCUUCUAUUAGGAAAUGGAGACCCCCAGAACCAUACAAAGGAAAGGGUGUCAAAUAUGCUGAUGAAAUUGUAAGGAGAAAGGAAGGAAAAGCAGGGAAGAAGAAGUAAUGGUUU